CCAGAUCGGAGGCGCAGCCCUGCAGGAGAGUCGAGACGCGCAGAGGGAGCGGAGCAGAGACGGACCCAUCCGUCAGCCAGUUGGAGGAACCCACACUAACAAACCCUUAUGGCUGCUUGAGAAAUAACGAUACACCCCCCCUCCCCCCUUUUUUUCUCUUUCUCUGGGACUUUUGGCUUUUAGUUUUUUUUUUUUUUUUCCUUUUUCUUUUGUCCUGAACAGAAGUUUGCUGCAAGUCCAAUUAGACGCUCCAAGUGAGAAAGUGAAUCCACUUUGCAGUGGAGCUCUGUGGCGGUCAUGGAUACCCCUAUAAGAUGGAAAGUUAAACGGAGGAUAAGGGACGCUCAAAUCACUUUAGCGGUGAUUCUGCUUUUUGUCACGUCGCACACAACUUCAGCCGAACCAGCAGACCUCUUGAAGAUUUUAGAUUUCCACAGUUUACCUGAGGGUGUUACGAGAACAACGGGUUUCUGUUCACAAAGGCGGUCAACACAAGGACCCGACGUUGCUUACAGAGUAUCCAAAGAUGCCCAGCUCAGUGCCCCCACCAAACAGCUGUACCCAGGUGACGUCUUCCCUGAGGACUUUUCCAUCAUGGCCACGGUGAAGCCUAGGAAGGGCAGCCAGUCCUUCCUCCUGUCUGUGUACAACGAGCAGGGCAUCCAGCAGCUCGGACUGGAAGUGGGCCGCUCUCCCGUCUUCCUGUACGAGGACCACACGGGCAAACCCAGCCCCGAGGACUACCCCCUCUUCAGAGGAGUCAACCUCGCUGACGGAAAGUGGCAUCGAGUGGCCAUCAGUGUGCACAAGCAGACCAUCACGCUCAUUCUGGACUGUAAAAAGAAGGCCACCCAGAGGCUGCUCCGAAGCCCCCACCCCAUCAUCGAUACCAAAGGAAUUUUAGUGUUUGGAACAAGAAUACUUGAUGAAGAAGUCUUUGAGGGAGACAUCCAGCAGCUAAUGAUUGUAGCAGACCAUCGAGCUGCCUAUGACUACUGUGAGCACUACAGCCCCGAUUGUGAAGUGCCAAUGCCCGAUCAGCCGCAGAACCAGGACCCCAACACCGAUGAAUAUGACACAGAGAACUAUUAUUAUGAAUACCCCUACUAUGAGGACAUGGAUGGCAAGCCUUUCAAAUCAACUUCUGAUGCUGAGACGACCACAAAAGAAGUCGAGGUGACAGACAGCGACGGCGAUGUGGUGACCCGAGUGCAGGAAAGUCUGAGUGGCGUUUUGGGCGGCACCGGCAGCAAAGUCGUGACCUCAACCUCCGUCUCCUCCGGUUCUGCCUCUUCUUCUUCUUCCUCCUCGUCUUCGUCUUCAUCGUCUUCCUCCGGCUCCUCUGGCACCGCCGCCGGAGGAGGGGACGCCUACGGAGAGGAAACCGGCACUUACGACGGCUACGACAACUACGGUAACUACGAGACCUACUACGACGAAUCCACCCCCGCGCCCGAUGGCGACACCACCAGGCGGGUGACCAUCACCAGCAUCGGCACCGGCGGCGAUCUCAACCUGGGAGCAGGAGGGAAGGUCGACCUCGGAACGGGAACUGUGGUCGAGAGGAAGGUGAUCAGCAGCGGAGGCGGCGGAGGAACUUCGAUAACGAUCACCAGCAAUAAAACAGGAGGAAGUUCCUACGAUGACUACGGUGAUGGGUAUGACUAUGGCGUGGACAGCCAUUACACCACUGGUGGCGGCGGCGGCGGCAGCAGCAGCACCGUGGUCAUCGGUGGCGGCGGCGGCGGCGGCAGCAGCAGCAGUACCGUACACAUUGGCGGCGGCGGAAGCAGCAGCAGUUCUACCAUCACCAUCGGGGGCGGAGCUUCUGGAGGAGGCGGAUCUGUGUCCGUAGGAGGCGGCUCGGUAUCGGUUGGAGGAUCUUCCACCUCCAGCGGCGGGUCAGCCAGCGCCGGUACCGGCGCCGGGGGCUCCAUCGCUACCGGAACCGGACUGGGCGUGGACGUCGAGGGUGACUACACAGAUCUGGAUGGGUUCAAGGAGGAAGACAUCACUUACGGUGAUCUGGAUUCCUAUGGCGACUAUGACGAUGUGGAUUACCCUGACAAGGAGGGCAAAGUGCUGCCUGCUGAGACCGACGAGUACUACGGACAGGUCGAUGGAGCCCGUGGCGAGAAAGGACAGAAGGGAGAGCCUGCUGUUAUUGAGCCUGGAAUGCUAGUGGAGGGUCCGCCCGGGCCUGAAGGGCCAACAGGCCUGCCAGGACCCCCAGGCGCUUCUGGACCACCAGGCAGUUCUGGAGAUCCUGGCGAGAGGGGUCUUCCGGGUCGUCCUGGGCUUCCUGGUGCAGAUGGUCUGCCAGGACCCCCUGGUACUGUCCUGAUGCUGCCUUUCAGAAUGAGUGCUGGAGGAGACUCUGGACAGAAGGGACCUGCUGUGUCGGCGCAGGAGGCUCAGAUGCAAGCCAUCAUGCAGCAGGCCAGGCUCGCCAUGCGUGGACCUACAGGACCAAUGGGUUUGACCGGCAGACCCGGACCUCUGGGUCCUCCUGGUAUCGCAGGUCUGAAGGGAGAAUCGGGAGAGUCGGGACCUCAGGGACCACGUGGGCCUAUGGGAGGAUCCGGACCCCCUGGAAAGCCUGGCAGGAGGGGCCGCUCAGGGGCGGAUGGAGCCAGAGGCAUGCCAGGACAGACCGGACCAAAGGGAGACCGAGGCUUCGACGGUCUGGCCGGACUUCCCGGUGAAAAAGGACACAGAGGCGAGCCGGGUCCCUCCGGACCUCCUGGUGCUCCAGGAGAGGAUGGAGAGAGGGGAGAUGAUGGAGAGAUCGGACCCAGGGGACUUCCUGGUGAACCAGGACCACGCGGUUUGCUGGGACCAAAAGGACCUCAGGGACCUCCAGGACCACCCGGUGUUACUGGAAUGGACGGCCCCUCCGGACCCAAAGGAAACAUCGGACCUCAAGGAGAGCCAGGGCCUCCUGGACAGCAAGGCAACCCAGGUGCUCAGGGACUUCCGGGGCCCCAAGGAGCCAUCGGACCCCCAGGAGAGAAGGGACCAACUGGAAAACCAGGCUUGCCAGGAAUGCCAGGAGCUGAUGGGCCACCAGGUCACCCUGGAAAAGAAGGGCCUAAUGGAGAGAAAGGACACAUGGGCCCCGCCGGCCCUCAAGGACCCAUUGGUUAUCCAGGGCCCCGAGGCGUGAAGGGUGCUGAUGGUGUUCGCGGCCUUAAAGGAAACAAGGGUGAAAAGGGAGAAGACGGCUUCCCCGGCUUCAAGGGAGACAUGGGCAUCAAGGGCGACAGGGGAGAGCUGGGAGCAGCAGGACCGAGAGGAGAAGACGGCCCCGAGGGGCCGAAGGGUCGUUCAGGGCUCCCAGGAGAUCCUGGUCCUCUUGGCCCCUCCGGUGAAAAGGGUAAACUCGGAGUGCCUGGACUGCCCGGAUACCCAGGAAGACAAGGACCAAAGGGAUCUCAGGGUUUCCAAGGCUUCCCUGGUGCCAACGGAGAGAAGGGAACUCGGGGAACGGCGGGGAAGCCGGGCCCACGCGGCCAGCGAGGCCCCACGGGACCUCGAGGAGAGCGAGGACCGAGAGGACCGACAGGAAAAGCUGGACCAAAGGGCAACUCAGGAAACGACGGCCCACCGGGACCCCCUGGUGAGAGGGGUUUGCCAGGACCUCAGGGACCCACCGGUUUCCCUGGACCGAAGGGGCCUCCUGGGCCUGCAGGGAAGGACGGACUGCCCGGACAUCCUGGGCAGAGAGGAGAGACUGGAUUCCAAGGCAAGACUGGCCCCCCUGGUCCUCCUGGUGUGGUCGGACCUCAGGGACCAACAGGUGAGACCGGACAGAUCGGAGAGCGCGGUCACCCCGGACCCCCAGGCCCACCUGGCGAGCAGGGUCUACCCGGAGCUGCAGGAAAAGAAGGCGCCAAGGGCGACCCCGGCCCCGCGGGCCCUGCAGGGAAGGACGGUCCUCCCGGUCCCAGAGGUUUCCCCGGAGAGCGAGGCCUGCCCGGCCCUGUGGGGGCUCACGGUCUGAAAGGGAACGAGGGUCCUCACGGCCCACCUGGCCCCGCUGGUUCUCCUGGUGAACGUGGACCUGCUGGCCCCGCCGGACCUACGGGUCCUCCUGGACGUUCCGGCCCUCAGGGACCUCCGGGCCCAGCUGGAGAGAAAGGUGGACCGGGUGAGAAAGGACCUCAAGGCCCAGCGGGAAGAGAUGGUAUUCAGGGACCCGUCGGUCUGCCUGGACCUGGAGGACCUCCUGGACCACCCGGAGAGGAUGGAGAUAAGGGAGAGAUCGGAGAGCCCGGUCAGAAAGGAAGCAAAGGCGACAAAGGAGAGCAUGGUCCGCCUGGUCCUACCGGCCCUCAAGGUCCUGUUGGAGCUCCUGGUCCAGCUGGUGCAGAUGGGGAGCCCGGUCCCAGAGGCCAGCAGGGGAUGUUUGGUCAGAAGGGAGACGAAGGAUCCAGAGGAUUCCCCGGACCUCCAGGCCCGGUCGGGCUGCAGGGCUUACCCGGUCCGCCUGGUGAGAAAGGUGAAACUGGAGACGUGGGUCAGAUGGGUCCCCCUGGUCCUCCGGGCCCCAGAGGUCCGUCUGGUCCCCCAGGAGCCGAUGGCCCUCAGGGACCUCCUGGUGGUAUUGGAAACCCUGGAGCGGUUGGAGAGAAGGGAGAUGCUGGUGAGUCGGGAGAGCCUGGUCUUCAGGGAGAAGUCGGCCCACCAGGGCCGAGAGGAGAGCGGGGAGAGAAGGGAGAGGCCGGUCCGGCCGGUGCUGCAGGACCCCCCGGCCCUAAAGGCCCUCCUGGAGAUGACGGUCCCAAAGGCAGCCCUGGUCCAAGUGGUUUCCCCGGUGACCCCGGUCCCCCUGGAGAGCCCGGUCCUGCUGGAUUAGACGGCCCGCCCGGCGACAAGGGAGACGACGGAGAGGCCGGUCAGGCUGGCUCACCCGGACCCACCGGAGAGUCCGGUCCCGCUGGACCACCGGGGAAGAGAGGGCCUCCGGGACCCGCAGGACCCGAGGGACGGCAGGGAGAGAAGGGAGCCAAGGGAGAGCCCGGUCUGGAAGGCCCCCAAGGAAAGACCGGCCCCGUCGGCCCGCAAGGAUCACCCGGCAAGCCCGGUUCUGAGGGACUCCGAGGAAUCCCCGGUGCAGUUGGAGAGCAAGGGUUGCCAGGCUCCCCGGGCCCAGACGGACCCCCUGGACCAAUGGGUCCUCCUGGGCUGCCCGGCUUGAAAGGAGACUCUGGUGUCAAAGGAGAAAAGGGCCACCCGGGUCUCAUCGGUCUCAUCGGACCUCCGGGUGAACAGGGAGAGAAGGGUGACCGAGGUCUUCCUGGUCCUUCUGGAGCUGCUGGUCCCAAAGGAGACAAUGGCAUCGCUGGUCCUUCGGGUCCGAUCGGUCCCCUCGGCCCUCCAGGAUCACCGGGUCCUCCUGGUCCCAAAGGAGCUAAAGGAUCAUCGGGUCAAACUGGACCAAAGGGAGAAUCUGGUCAACCUGGACUUCCUGGCCCUCCUGGUCCUCCCGGAGACGUCAUCCACCCACUCCCCAUCCAGGCGCCCAUCAAGGGCAGGACGCGUAGGAACAUCGACGCCAGCCAGAUGGUGGACGACGCCGCCGCGGACGCAAACUACAAGGACUACGACGACGGCAUGGAGGAGAUCUUCGGCUCCCUCAACUCCCUGAAGCUGGAGAUCGAGCAGAUGAAGCACCCGCUGGGCACUCAGGGCAACCCCGCCCGCACCUGCAAGGACCUGCAGCUCUGCCACCCCGACUUCCCCGACGGUGAGUACUGGAUUGAUCCGAACCAGGGCUGCUCCCGGGACUCCUUCAAGGUUUACUGCAACUUCACAGCGGGCGGAGAGAGCUGCAUCUUCCCAGAUAAGAAAUCUGAAGGGACUAGGCUCACAUCCUGGGUAAAGGAGAAUCCCGGCUCCUGGUUCAGUGAAUUCAAACGUGGUAAACUGCUCUCCUACGUGGACGCGGAGGGCAACCCCAUCGGCGUGGUCCAGAUGACCUUCCUGAGGCUGCUCAGCGCCGCCGCCAAGCAGAACAUGACGUACAACUGCUACCAGUCGGUGGCCUGGCACGACCAGGAGCAGGACAACUACGACAAGGCCAUCCGCUUCCUGGGCUCCAACGACGAGGAGAUGUCUUACGACAACAACCCCUACAUCCACGCGCUGGUCGACGGCUGCGCGUCGAAAAAGGGCUACGAAAAGACAGUACUUGAGAUCAGCACGCCCAAGGUGGAGCAGGUGCCUUUUGUGGACAUCAUGUUCAACGACUUUGGCGGCUCCACGCAGAAGUUCGGAUUCGAAGUGGGACCCGUCUGCUUCAUGGGCUAAGACUUUCCAACCGAGCAAAAUGGAGAAAGAAAAAAAAAGAAGCAUAUUUUUGUUUUUCUCAGAAAAAAAAAA